CUCUCUCCCUUUCUCGCACCCGACGUGCAUCCCUCUCUCUGGCUCACCCCUCCGCUAAAAAAAUUGUGACUGUAAGACCGGAGAGGGGGUAUAAAAAAAAGUGCAAGUCGUCUUAGAAGAAGAGGGGGAGUAGGUAGGGUGGGAGAGGGGGGGCAAAAAAAGAAAAAGGGGGCGAAAGGGGGUGGGGAAGAGGCGAGGGUACGCAUCAAUUUGUAGUCUUCAGUUGGCACCCCUGUUUUUUCCUUUCCAGCAACGAAUAGAAAGAGAUUUUCUUCUGCAUUAUUGUUAUGAUCGGAACCCGCUGCAAUAUGAGCCUGCACAAGCCUCUGUUGACAGACGCCUGGGCCGUGAGGUGUGCGUGUCAGCGUGCAACAUAAAACGACAAAACAGAGGGAGAGAAAGGAAAGGAAAGGGAGAGUGAGAGUGAGAGCACGCAUCGCUGGAUAUCAUAGGUAAGGAGAAGGGAAAAAUGGAUGCUUAUGCUCUGUGUUUGGAGGUAUUCCUGCUGGCCACGUUCAUGCUCUCCCUCCCAUUUUUUCCUUUGUGCGUUAAUUAUCAUUAUACUCCGGCGUUAUGGCUGAUCAUGCCCCGGUGAAUUAAUGUUAGUGGUGUGCACGACGCGCAACCACAUUCCAGCAAGGAGAGAGGGAGGGAGAGCCGGUGCGAAAUGCCAUGAUUCGCCAUUCCAUAUCAUCUUUCUUUUUUAAGAUGUGCAGCGUCUACAAACAGCACUGCUGCUGCUGUUGCUGCUGCUGCUGCUGCACAGGCAUCCAUUCUGAUUGUGAAACAUGUAUGUGCUGCUGAACACGACUCCCCCUGUGCCGCCGGGCUUCGUCUGAGGCAGGCUAAUAGAGAGCAGCUUUUGGCCGGACUCCUCUGCAUGUGUAUCAAUAACAUUCGCAGGCAAGAAGAAAGCAGAAGAAAGAGUCGUUGCAGUGCCCCGCUCGCCGGUGAUGUAAGCAGAGCAACUGUAUGCUGCUGCUUUGCAUCACAUGCAGGGGGACCAUUUGUUGAUAAUGCAUGUGACUCUGCGUGUUUGUGCGUGCAGAAGGGCUGCGAUAUUACUGCUGAUGUGUUUGCUUUCUAUUUGUUUACUGACCAUGUCUGAGAAUCUGCCAGUGGACCACACUUAGGCCAGUGGCUGCCACCUGUAACUGAGAUGCAUUAUGUAUACAGACACCUACCUUACACUCAUGUUUUCCAUUCAUGUGUAACAAAUGUGUUGGUUAAUUAGGUUAAACAUGCAUUCACUAUUAUAAAUCCAUGUGUCAUCUUGUGCUAUUAUUCAUGAUAAGUGUGAGCAGUGGAGAUUUUACUCUUUAGACUGAUUGAGUCAGUCACUGCAGCAUGUACUAAUAAUUAAUGCAUAGCCAUGUGUAGUGGAGCUGUUACAGGAUUUACAGGAGCUUUUCUGCUUUGAAUCAAACACCAGCACACACAAAAAAUGUGUAGCUACUUUAUUUAAUGGAUGCAUAGGAGAGUGUGUCUGCUAGCUUCUCUGCCAAAUAUAUCCUUUUUCAUCUAGUGGUGUGCACUAUUUAUAACCUCAUUCAAUAUACAUGAGCUAUUUUUUUUCAUCGCAGAGGUUCAUGAAUGAACAGAUUAGACAAACACAAAGUGGUCCUCGUGUUGUCAUUCACACCAAAUGGCUAAAUGGUCCUGACAUUGUACAUUUCCCUAAAGGCUGGCUGGUUGGAUAAAUAAGCAGGAUUCUCUCAGCCAUAAACAGGUCAUCUGGGUUAACCACAAGUGGCUGUGGAUUUGGGGCCUUGUGGUGAAGGUGGAAAGAGGGGGGUGUGGUUCAAUAUUGCCAAGAUGUAUGCUUGAGUCCUCUGCAGAUUCACUCCCUAAAUGCAGAGCAACAACGAGCGCUUAAAAAAACAAACAAACAAACAAAAAACUUAUAAUUGUAUUUUGCCAAUUAUAAAAAAGCCAAACCAGUGUGUUCUGUUGGUUUUUCUGUUACUGUUCAAGUGGGUUUUUGCUGCCUUAGUGGAGACUGAAAGCCAGCAGAUAAGUCAUCAGAGGGCAGUGAAAAGCAGUGGGGCCAAAAGUGAGUGAACCAUGCUGGAAUUUUAAACAUUGUGACUGCAUUUGUGGUUUUGCAGUGAGACCUUAGUAUGAUGUCUUGUACUUUAAAAAAAGGGGUGAGAGGCCUUCUCAUUUUUAGCUUAUUGUAUUUGGAACCACUUAUUUGUGUUGAUUUAUGAAAGUUGGAUAGGGUUAUAGUGUGCUGUGUGCAUUUUAUUUUACUUAAAUAUGUUUAUUGUGAAGUAGUUUGAUGACACUAAAAGCUAAAAAAUGUAUGUGCAAUACAUGCAAGGGUCUAAUGAAGGAAAAGCGUUGAAAAAAAGUAAAAUUGAUGGACUCAAGGCAAACAACUGGUUUCCUUGUUUGCUUAAAAUCUUACGUAGAUGGUUGUGUCAAAUAAAGUAUGAGUAUCAUGGUACUUUUGCGUUCAUAUAUGAUCUUGUGUUCUUUGAAAAAAAUCCAAUCUGCUCUAGGAUUAUCAUGCAGAUGUAGACUGAAUAAUGUCUUCUUUGUUUAUCUUCCUUUUUUUUAAUACAGGUUUUGGCUAGCUCCCAUGGUGUAACACACAGCCAAGUACAUAAGCAACAGAAUCCAGUUCAAUGCCUGUAAUGGCUUGUGUUGUAAAAUGGAUGUUUUAAAGAAGAAACAAUGAAAACACGGACACACAAAGAAUCGGUAUGAACCAGAUCUACGUUCAUUUGUCACUGUGAUGCAAAGGUUUUCUGCUUAUUCUAACAGUUUAUUUAGCAGUUUAAUGGAAUAACCAGUCAAAUGAAUCAUAGUAUGCCAUAAUAUUUAAAAAUAACCACAACAGCUAAGACGUUAAUUGUUUGGUUGUGAGAUUCCAUGUUUAUAUUUUACUCCUGUCCCUGUUUCUCAGCCUUCUCUCUGUUUUGUCCUGUUCUUUUUUACCUCCCUCUUUAUUCUCCAUUUGUCUUUGCUCCUGGUUCAUCCCACCUUCAAUUGAAUUAACUUGAAAUUCCUCUGGUUUGCAUCAACUCAUUGUUUUAACUCAAUUUCCACAUCUUUGUAUUUAUGUGACUGUCUUGUUCAAUGCUCCUUUGAUCCUCCCUGCUUAUUGCUACUUUUCUGCUGGACUUUGGGUUUUGCAGAUGCCCAUGCGCAGUGGGCGACGGCGGGGGGCAAGUGAGGAGAGAAGGGGUAGGCGCCCAAACCCCAGCCCCACUCGACCUGAGCGCAGCGACAGACAGACGGUUAGAGCUUACCUUUUUUUUUUUCUCUUUCCUAUUGUCGUCAUUUCAGCCACGGGCUUAUAUAUGUAUGCAAGUAAAAGUCAUGAAGAAUAAAGAGCUAUCUCUCUGUAUUGGAUUUUGUGCGUAUGUGUGCUUUGUGUGUAUGAGUCAUCAGUAUGAUUGCCACAGAUAUACCCUUGCAGUGUCAGUAAUGUUCAAUAUUGUGUUUUACAGCUUAGCACUUUGAAAUCUUUGAUGUUUGACAUGGCUGCUGCGUGUGCUUGUGAGGAUAAAAGUGAGGCUUUGUUCUAAAAACAGUUGUGAGCCUGCAUGGGAUUCAAAGGCAUCACUACUGAAUUAAAAGUCUUGUGUUGUUUUAGCAAAGAGGUGCUGGUGAGGAAUUGGCUGGAAAUCGCUUCAGUCGCAGAUCACAAGGGCAUGAUUCAUCUGAGAGUGAGGGGGAGGAACUUGUGUCUCCUCCAAAGAGGCAGAAAGUUCAGGUUUGUGUUACAUUUCAUCAACCUGUUAUAUAAAGACUAAUUAUAAAAUCUCUGAUUCAGCUAAAUCAUCAAAAAGGUGCUGUCUAAGCUGCUCAUUGUUAAUUUUUGUCUUUAUAGACAGCCAAUAUUACCACAGUGAUAAAAUCUUGAUUUGUUCCUCAUCCUCAAAUUAUCUUGUCUCGUCAGGAUUCGGCCUCCACCCCAAAUCCUCCAACAUCAACACACUCGACUGACAGCUCAGCUCCUUCGAAUGUCCCACCUCCAACUUCAGUUGCCAGCCAAUCUCGUGAGAGUGACAAUGAAGAUGGCCAAUCCCAAGGCAGUAGGAGUUCAGUCGUAGGGAGCCUGGCCAAUAGCAGUAGCAGUCUGAGCAGUGGGCGGGAUAUAGACCAGGACAAUCGUUCCUCAUCCCCAAGUCUCUCUGCUUCCCCUCUGGGUAGCUUGGACUCUGAUUCCGAUGGCCCCGACUCACCAAAGCAAGGAGAGAGGGAACGAGAGAAAGGCAAGGAGGGAGGAACGAGCAAAGUAGCAGGAGAGGAUAGGCGCGCACUGAGAGAAGGAAGAGGAGGGGAGGAGUCCUGUGGAGAAGGAGAAAAGCGAGAGGUGGAUGCACGUAUUGAAGACUGUCCGUCUCUCAAGCCCCCCUCUGCUCCUUGCUCUUCCUCGGGUCUGACUCCCUCUCUGCGUGGAGCGGGGGAUUCAUCAAAUGAAAGCAAUAGUGGGAGAAAGUCUUACUUUUCCCUGGACUCUAAACUGAUGUGCAAAGUCGAGUAUGGUGGACCACCAGGUGUUGACGGUGGACUUAGUGGCAACAGAAUGAAUUCCAAAGCCAGUUCACAGUGUGUGACAAAGGCAGCUAUCUCAGGAGGAGAAUUUUCCCAUAACAGCCCCAAUAUUCCCCACCCUUUACCCCCUCCUCUUCCUCCUCCACCUGCUCUAAAGCCGUUGGAGCUUGGCGGACCAAACCUGCCUGCUGAGGUUAAGUCAGAAAGAGACAAAAUAGAAAAGGUAGAUAAAAUCCAGGACAAGUCCAAUCCUCCAUCUCUGUUGCCUCAGACAAGCCCCCUUCCACAUUCCCAGUCCCAGCCUCAAACCCAACCCUCCACCCACCCUCACCACUACAGCUCCACUAGCUGGCAGGGUGGCACAGCAACUGGUUGCCAAGGGAGCUGGGGUUACACCCGUUACCCUGGAAACCACCACGCACACCAACCACAGCACCAGCCGCCUGUGCAGCAACAGCAACUUCCCUCUGUGUACAACCCCUCGUCCUCUCGUCACUCCUCCUCCCAUCCCCCUUACCUCCCCCAUCCCCACCCCCACAGGGAAUACCUUCCCAGGUACGCUGGAGGGGGAGGGGACAGAGAGAGGGGGACUGCAGGAGAGAGGGAAAGGGGGAGGGAGAUCAACAGGGAGUUUUCUGCUCCCAUUGGCAACAGCAGCAACAAUAGUAGCGGGAGUAAUAGCAAUAGUGCCUGUGGUGGGAUGAGUGGGUCCAACAGCAUCCAAGGAAGAGAAUUUGGGGGUCUGUCAGUGGGUCAGAACCGGGACUUCCAAGGUUCUGGCAGGGAUGGACCUAACUGUGGCCCAGAAAGAAGAGACUUUGGUCCAGCUUUCAGAGACAGAGAGCGAGAAAGGGACAGGGACCGGGAUACAGGAAGGGAUUUUCCUCUGCCAAACCAAAACCAGAGUAGAGACUAUGGCCCCAAUGGAACUGGAGGGGGGCAUCCAAGAGACAAAGACGGGGGCAGAUGGGGUGAAUUUGGGGGCCAGACUAGAGAGGUAGUAAGCACCAGUAAUCCAAACAACAACUCCAUUCCUCCAAGUUCAACCAGUGGGCUGCCUGUGACCCCAAUGAUAAACCGAGACCCUCCUGCAUCACCCCAAAACAACCCCAGUCACACCCCCCAUUCCUCCCAGCCUCCUCAUCCCCACCCGCAUCCUGCAAACCCAUCCAACCGAGAGUUCCCUCCACCUAUGGAUCAGGCACAAACCCCUUCCUCUGGUGCAGACCACUUUCACAGAGAGUAUCCUCCUACUGGAGGGAAAGACUUUCCUGCUGGGGCACCACCUCCCACUGGCACAAAUCGAGAGUACCUUAGCCCCCCAGGAGUGACACCAAACCUAGGGCGAGAGUAUUCAGGGCCUGGAGGAAACAAUCAUCCUCACCCAAAUCAUGGCCACUACCAAUCUGGGUCCAGAGACAGGGAGAGAGACCCAAACCUGCGAGAUCCCGCUUUGUACCAAAACCGUGGAGGCCCAAAUCAACCUCCUGCAUUAUCUCCUUCUUCCUCCUCUAGCCAUCAUGGACACCCUCCAAAUGCUCCUUAUCCCCCUCCACCACCUCCUCUACCCCCUUCUCAAACAUCCCAUUCCCAACCACCCCAGUCAAAUAUGGCACCCACUGUACGCCCACCACACUACCAAACCUCCUCCCAGACACCUCCAACACCUCUAUCCCCUUUACCAAGCCCAUCCACCAAUCAGAUGGGGAGCUUCUCAUCUUUUCCCCCUGGCUCUUCCUCUGGGCCAAACAUGCCACUUCCUGGUCCAGGUGUGUCCUCCAGCUGUUCACCUGGAUGUCGCCCCCCUCCUUUCCAUGGCACUUUGAACAGCCACCCUCCCUUCAGUGGAACAUUCCACCCCAAUGGAAACAGCGGCGGUAACAUGACAAACAGCAAUAGCAACAGUAGCGCUCCCACCAACAGCAAUACCAACUCGCAAUCACUCUCGCCUCAAAAUGUCUCCAAAGGACCCCCGCCUCUAAGUAACCCGGCCAACAACAGCAUUUCAACCCCAGCCUCUGGUACUUCACACACUGGUGGAGAUGGACCUAUAGAUGCAGCCCCACCUCCCACACCUGUUAUCAAAGAGGAGCCAAUAGAAGACAGGGAGGAGACUGAAAGUCCACCUCCGGUGUUGAGAAGCCCAUCUCCUGAACCCAAACCUGUAGACAUUCCCAUUCACGCCAGCCAAUCAGCAAGGUAAAGUCAAAUUACAUCAUCAUCAUCUCAUUAGUGGUGUGUCACUCUGUCCAGUCCCUCUUUAUACGAUCAUAUGUAAUUAACAGGAAGUGUAAUAGUUAUAAUAGCCACUCUUACCCUUGAUGGUUGUCGUAAUGGUACACUACACUGCUGUGUCACUCAUGUCUAGGUUUCACAAGGUCCUUGACCGUGGCAGCGGUAACUCCUGUGCCCGUAGUGAUGUCCUUUUUGUCCCAUUGGAUGGCUCCAAACUGUGGAAGAAGAGGAAUGAGGUUAUCGAAAGGGCACGUAGGGAGGUGGAGCAACGGGCCAGAGACCUAAGAGAAAAAGAAAGAGAACGAGAAAGGGAGCGUGAGCGGGAGAGGGAGCUGGAUCGGCAUCUACAGGUGUGCACAUUUGAGUGUGAUAAUAAUGAUUGAUUUAAUGGAUUUAAUGUCAGCUGAAUUAAUCAAUUUGAUGGGGGGGAAGUAAAGCAGAUCAGAGAGAUGUGAUUUAUUAUCUCUAACUGUUUUUAUCUGCAGCAGCAGAAGGAUGUCAACGCUGCUGGAGGAGGUCGCCAGGGCUCCUCUCUCUUUUUUCCCUCCUCGACUUCUAUCAUCCUUGAUCCUUCGUCUUCUUCCUCCUCUUCUGUCGGGAACUCCGUCUCUCACCCUCCCCCUCAUCCUCAGCAUCACCCCUCACACCCGCAUGCACACCUUCCUCCGACACAUCAUCUCCAUCCAAGCCUUGCUCACUCCAUCCCACACUCCCUUCUCUUGCCAUCGAUGGCUGGGGCCUCAGCAGUGGUUGGCCCUCAAGGAGCUCUGGGAAUAGGUUUGGGAGGUCCAUAUCUAGGCCCUGACACCCCAGCAUUGAGGACCCUGAGCGAGUAUGCCCGACCGCAUGCCAUGUCACCACUUGGGGCGGCAAGUCGUGCUCAGGCACACCACCCUCAAGUUCACCAUGGCCAUCCACAUGUCCAUCCCUCAUUUUUCCUCCCCCAGUUCCAAAAUCAUGGUUUAGCCCACCCGCAUCACUUACCUACUGAUGCAGCUACAGCAGCAGCUAUUUUGGGCUUUUUGUAUGGUGGCAGCCUGGAAGGUGGUCCAGGUGUAGGAGGCCACCCUGGGGUAGCAGGAGGCCCAAUACCUGGAGGGCUUGGAGGUGCAGGGUUGGGAGGAGUUGGAUUUCCUCAUGCCAUGGCAGCACAUCGAGACCGAAUCAAGCCAGGGUUUGAAUUUAAGAGUGAUGAUCGAGUCUAUCCACCUGGAUCAAUACCUGAUCCUACAGCUCUUGCCUUGGCUCACUCUCAUUCUCAUGCCCAUGCUAAUGCUCAUGCUCAUGCUCAUGCACACUCCUUGCUCCUUGGAGGAGGUGGAGCAGGAGCAAAUGAGGUUGCACUCUACGGCACUCCUCCUCCCCCAGCACCACCUGGCCCCCCACACCUUCAGAAUCCAACUCUGGCUCCUGUAACUCGUCCCCCCAACCCUCCUGCCCCUCAGCCCCUGUCCAAUCCACCUCCCUCAUCUCUUCUCCCACCUUCUCUCCCCUCUCACCCAUCAUCUGCCCCCACAGCCCCACCAGGCCCUGCUGCUCCACCGCCAGCUCCUCCUCCUCCCCAACCUGCCCCACCAACCUCCAAUGCCUCCUCACUCCAUCACCCAGUCCCUCAUUCUUCUUUUCCCAGCUCUCUGUCUUCUCAUCUGCCGCCCGCCCCUGCCCCAGCCGCUCCCCCUGAACCCUACCCCACACCUACCCGCUCUCCUGCCUCCUUUGAGCGGGAGAGGAGUGGGGAAAGAGAGCGGGAGAGGGAGAGAGACAGAGCACCUUUGCCUGCUUUUGGGGAAAGAGAGCGAGAAAGAGAGAGGGAGAGAGAAAGGGGAGGAAGUGGUGGAGGUGGAGGAGGAGGGGGAAGUGGAGGAGGAACAGGUGGAGGAGGAGGAGGAGGAGAAAAUCUGGGGCGUCUACAGAUGUUAAACGUGACCCCCCAUCAUCACCAGCAUUCUCACAUCCACUCACAUCUUCACCUGCACCAGCAAGACACAGGUAUCCACUGCAACUAACACAGUUACACUUAUGUGCAUCUCCUAUAUAACAAUGCAGUCAAUAUUAUGUUGUGUUUGAGUGACCUCAGAAGUCAGAUGACCGAGGUGGGAAUGAUGUAACACCCGAGUUACCAGCAUUUCAGUUACCAAGUCAGAAAAAAGCUAAAUCGGAGGUGGAAACAAGAUGGCUACAUCUACGAAAGUGAUUUUAGCGCUUGUUAUUUUAGUUAUUUUACAUCAUUUUAGCACCCCUUUUUGUCGAUGUAGCCAUCUUGUUUCUGCUUCCGAUUUAGCUUUUUUCCGACUUGGUGACUGAAACGCUGGUAUCUAGGGUGUGACGUUAUUCCCAGCUCGGACAUUUGACUUCCAAGGUGACUCGAACACAGCGUUAUUUUUAAAACUCAAAGAAUUGAAGAUUUUAUGAUGAAAAAUGGAAGAACAGGACUUAAAGCAGUAUUGAGGAGUACAUAAACCUCCAUUGUUCUCAAACCUUUACUCAGAGACACCCAGGUAGACUGUUGUGGUGUUGUCUACUGUCUACUCCUCUGCUAAAGGAGAUUACUUUGCCCUUUCUUACAUAUUUGUGAUAGAUUUUUAGACUGGGUAGAGAAGUGAGAAAGCAGGACUAGAUAGACUGUUACAACUAUGAUCUAAGACUCUGAUUUGUCACCGUUUAAAACCCUUGCUUUGACUUUUAUUGAAUAUAUCCUGUAUUUCCUAUUACAUCACUGGCAUCCAGCGACGGGCGGGGUUCACCCCCUGAUGGACCCGUUGGCAUCGGGGUCUCCUUUGGCACGUCUCCCCUACCCAGGAGCCACACUAGGCACCCCCAUCCUGGCUCACCCCCUCACUGACAGCGAGGUGCUUCGCCAACAGCUGUUCGGUGAGGAGAAGGCUCCUCGUCCAUGUACUUGUUCAGUUUUUUUUUCUCUAAAAACUCCACUGUGUUUUAAGUUUAUAAUGAUUGAAUGUGAUGAUGAUGACUGACCAGAGUGCUCUCACCCACUUUUGUGUUCCUCAAUCAGGCGCUCCUUUCCGUGACCUGCCCCAGCCAGCCUCCCUCACUGGUCCAAUGUCAGCAGCCCAUCAGCUCCAGGCCAUGCAGCAGGCCCAGAGCGCGGAGUUGCAGAUCCAGAGACUGGCCCUGGAACAACAGUGGAUCCAUCACCAUCACCACCACUCUCUUACCCAGGAUGAGUAUUACAGGUACAAAAAAUUUGGAAAAAAGUCCAUCACAACUUACAUUUCGCAGUUGUGGGAAUGUUCACUCGUUAUCAUAUCACAAAUCUCUGUAUUCAAAGUUGAAGUUCAUAAAAAGAUUGAGAGAAUCAUUUCACACAAUUUCAUUUCACUUCCUCAAACUGAUCAGCCACUGAAAAGAACAGAUGGUAAAAAUUUGGAAAGACACUGGGGCCAUAUUUCAAAGUAAAACAACACAUAUUUGAAUAAAUGACAGCAGAAAGUUGCUGAAAGCUCAGAUUACUUAUGGAGAUGUUUUAUGGUGAUCACAAAAUUCAUAGGAACAGAAUAGAUUUGUACCAAACAAUGUAAACUAGCAUAGGAAGAGCCAGAUUUUUAUCUUCUGAUGUUAGCUUACAAAUGGCUAAAGGCUAACAUUAGCUUGUGUCUGAUGAGUCAGUAGGAUAUCACAUAUGUUGCUUUAACUAUAGACUGUAUGGACAUAAACUCUGUCCCAGUGAUGCCACCUGUCACCCAAAGAUUGCAGUCAACAUAUUUGAAAUUUUGACCCCAUUUCACUCAUGGAAACAGUGACGUGAAGACCAAAACUGCGCAAAGUAUCUAGAAAGUUUUUUGCACUUCCUCAUUGGCUUCAUGUUCAAGAACCCUGUGACUUCAAGUGGAAGAAAAGCAUCAAUCUGCAAGAAUCUUACCUCAACCUUUGCUGUAGCCUUUGCCUGAGCUUGAUUUUGGUCUCUGGUUUCUGUUUUAACUUUUUCAGUCACCUGAAGAAAGAAAGUGACAAGACCCUGUGAGGGAGGGGCAAGACAAAGGGCAGCAUGGAGAAAACUGAGGGAGAAUAUGUGCAAAACUGACCACGAAACGUAGGCACUGAAAAACAAUGAAGGAACAAAGACUCAAAACAAAAGCCUACGGACAAAUGGAUGGGAAUCCGCUUAAAAAUACAGGAUUUUGAAGGUGUCACUGAAGAGGGAGAAGAGCGUAAAAAUGUGGCGCACAGUCCCUGCUAACUGCUCCACAUGGAGGGUCAAGACUUCAGCGCUUCCCUGCAAAAUGUUCUCAAACUUCAAUCCUGUUUUGUAUUGUGCUCUGUACAGUAUAUUAGACGUGGGCGGCAAUAGUGAAGUACAGUAUGUGUAAAAUACUUGAUGCCAGAAGGAAUGUGUACAUGAGUCUCUUUUAUGUCAUUGCAUGUAGCUAGGCGCUUAUUCUGAUCCGGUGGAACUUUUCUGUUCUAUUUUUAGUAAUCAUCCCCUCUUUUGUAUCUGAGGGGCGUUCAAUAUGCAUGAGACCAGCAAUUUAGUGUUAUGUUAUGAUCAACUGUAUUGUUAUGAUUAAUGUUGUCUGUUUGUUGAUAAUGAUAUAAUUAUAUAUACAGUACAUAUUAUUUGUAUUAUUUUUUUACAUUUUCAUGGUAUGGCGGUCAGUUUUUAUUUUUAUUUUUUAUUUUAAAUUUACCUUGUGAAACAAGAUGCAAAUGAAGGAAAAAAAAUCUGGAAAUAAAUUAUAAUCUUUUUUUUGCUAGUCCCCCGUGUGUUCAUGUGUGCACUAUUUUCCCCCUCUCACAUACAUUCAGAGUAUUUGCCCCGUCUUUGUUUUAUACAAGUCACUCAUGCACAAAGCAUAUCAAAUUCCUCACUCUCCUCCCCCUCCCCCCUUUUUUCUCUCCCUCUCCCUGACUCCCCCUCUUUUUCCUCCUCGUCAGUCUGUCCCUCCUCCUCCUC